AUAACAGUCUGACAUUGUCACAUAGUGAGAGUGUCCACUCAUUGGAUUCUCGACAGUCGGCGAUCAUUUGGAUAAUAUCAAAGAUCUAUCUAGUUGUGAAGUGAUAAUAUGACUUAUGACACUUAGAAUCUAGAAAAAUCUAGAUCUAUGUACUUCAUACUUUAAAUAAGAUUUAUAUAGAUCUAGAAUUCUAGAUUUUCAACUUCAUUUUUGUAUCAAUCAUUUUCAAGUUUAGAUUUUGUGUGCACUGCCUGUGAACUGUGAGGCCUGUGUCUGUGACUGUUAGUCACUGUUAAUAGUGUUAACUUCAACUGUAGACUAGACUCUACCUGUUGUCAAGUUUCAAGUUUUAAAUUAGGUUUAGAAUAUCUCAAAUUAAACUUAUUGAGUCAAAUAUGAUUUAAUAUCAUAUUUUUAAAAUUAUUAUUAUAUUUAUAUAAUAUCUGAUUUCUGAAUCUGUAGACUGUAGCCACUGUACUUGACUGUAGUAGGUAGAUCUAGUAUCUAAUGUAGAGUCUAGGUUAGUCAAAUUAGUGAUUAGCCGUAGUAGCGACAUUGUGACUGUCUCAGAUUUUUGUGUUAGAAUCUUCAAUGGAAAACAUAAUUAAAAUAGUGGUAUGCAAUUACAUUGUUAUCAUUAUUUCAUUGAUUAUUCAAGUGUCAGUGUCACAACAAACAGAAGCUGAUCUAUUGAAGCGCUGUCCUCCUAACUUGCACAAAACAUAUUUGAGGGCAGCAGAAUGGGAAAUAUGUUAUGAAUUCCACCUGGAAGAGAGAACAUGGCCACAGGCCAACAAUGUGUGUCGAAGAAAUGGUGGCCACCUUGUUACUAUAAGAGAGGAACGGAUCCAAAGUUUUCUGUUCAGAGCUCUGGUAGUCUUUCAAUGGAAGAGAAAUGGAGUAUGGAUUGGUGCCACAGAUAAAGAGAAAGAAAUGGAUUGGAAAUGGAUAACAGGUCAGCGUGUAAGAGAUGGUUAUAGCAAUUGGGCAAGAGGUCAACCAAACUGUGGGUUUUUUUGUAUGGAAGAUUGUGCUCUGAUGAAAUGGAAGGAAAGUGGAAAAUGGGAAGACUAUCACUGCACUCUUUUAGAAGAGUAUUCAUUUAUUUGUGAAUACGCAAUGCUUCCAAAACCAACUACCACUACAACAACUACCAGCACUACAACAACAUUGCCAUCCACCACUACUGAGACAACCAGCACAGACACCGCCACUGUCACAGAAACUAGCACAUUAGCUACGGAGGUGUCCAGCGCUCUUUCAGCCAACAUGAAAGGAGAAUAUAGAAUACAUGUUGAAGAUAUGGACAACAGCUCCUCAGUUUUUCUAAGUUUCAAUAGUGCUCAUAGCCAUCAGCUGGAGGAGAACUCUGUCAGUGAUAACAAAGGUUUGCUGAUAGCCCUUAUAAUAUCAGUCCUUGCUGGAAUUGUAAUAUGUCUCGCCAUAAUUGUACUCAUCAAACGCAGACAAAAGAAAAAGCAGACAGAAGCAGAUGAUGGUAUAAGUUAUGCUAAUCCAUAUUAUGGUGAGGCUAAACAGCCUCUAACAGCAGAAGCCAGUGGCAUAACUAAUACAGCCAUUGCUAAAGAGGAGGAGGUCAAAAGCUUUGUUGUUGAAGAGCAGUCUGAUGAUGAACCUGCAGUAACUCUACCUAGAAGAGUGAUGAACAUCUAUGACAAGCCACCAACACGUUCCGUCCCUCUGCAGAAUAAGAGCAGACCUGAGAAAAGUGAGGAAGCAGAUGCCAGCUUGGCUGAAAACUACUAUGAUGAAGUACGGAGUGCUGCUGGAAAAAGCCUCCCUAGCUAUGAUGUCCCUCGCUGUUUGAAGGAGACUGAGGAUGCUGCAUGUUUAGAGAACCAGUAUUAUAACUACACAGAAGAAAAUAUAUACGAGUCACUGGAGAGCUUGCAAAGGAAAUAAAUUUUCCUUAUUCCAAUGAAAACUUAUGAAGCAACGAAAUAUUUAAUAAUUUCAUUCUUUGAGAAAUUUGUAAAAAAAAUUGUUGCUUGGUUUUAUUGGAUUAUGACUCUAAUUAAUAAAAGUACACAAAAUACAAAACAUAUUUCCAUACAAAUGAUUAAAAAAAAUAUUGUUUGAUACCUUGACAAAACAUUUAGUUAACUUUUUUUUUUCUCUAAUUUAUGGAAAUGAGCCAGUUUAUUAAUGAAACUUCUCCUUAAGCUUUUUAACAUUAUUUUAUUUUAAACGUAUUGUUAUACCAUUGAAAUAGAAUGCUUUUAUUCUAAUAUAAAUUAGGUACAUAAAAAGAAAAUUCUAAACUCUUAGCAAUGUUUUCUUUAAAUUUAAACAUGUAUACUUUAUUUUUACUUCACCAUGUAAAGUCUUGUAACCAAUGAGUCUAAGAAUCAAAUCUUCAAACUAUUUUGCAAUAGUUUUACAAAAAUUAACUUUGUAAAGUGAUGUAUGUGUUUCAAACAUUGUUGUACAUAAAACAAAGUGUAAGUAGUCGGUACUUGUCUGAAGUGGAAAACUUUCAUUGCGUCUUUGUAUGAAAUAGCAUGCAAACAUAUUUUAUCUCACUUAUUUUUACGACAUGCAAAGAGCAUAUCUAUUGUUUAUAUAACUUCAUUUUCUAGACAUAAUAUCUCUAUAUAACUUAUUCUUUUUGUUCAUAUUGCUAUAUUACAUUAUGAAUGUGAAGUUUUAUUGUGGCACUUAUUUAUUCUACUCCUUAAGUUUCAUUUUUUUUUAACAUCUCAGUUGUUAAGAAAUUUUUAGCACCUAUAUUUGAUUAACAUCCAACUUACCUAUUGCAUUGAUAUCUUAGGCUAAGGAGCCAUACUUACAUUGUUCACCUUUUUUUUUGAGUUAUUUCUGUUACUUAGAACCCUAAGAGCAUAAUGAAUUCUGUGCUGACACCAUGCAAUAUUUUUACAAUCUUUAUUUAUACUGGUGAGUUCAGUUUCUGCUAUUUAAGUCUCAUUUUUCAUUCCUGCUUUCUGAGUUUCAGAUGCUAUCAAUCAUCUUCCAAACAGCAUUUCUAUAUCAUUCCGGCUCUACGUGUGAUAAUAACUUGUAGUUAAAACUUGUUGUUUACCACGAGUUUGCUUUGGUGUUAACCAUGUACUUAUACUCUUUCUCUUAACAAAAACAAUAUUGAUCACUUGCCUGAAUUCUUAGAAAUUUGUUAUUAUGAACUGUUCAUUUGUACCAGUACUAGCAUUCAUAUCGUAUUAUUUUAAAAAAGUUAAUAAAUAUACUAUAGUUUGAUUUUAAAUCUUUUCCUAUAUACAUAAUUAUAUGAGGGCUGGGUGUCGAAGGGCCUGGUCUGCUUCAACACAUCUUUCUAUUAUAAUCUCCCUUGGGCUUAUCGUCUCAUGCCUGAAGUUAGAGUAGAUCUGCCUCUCUACAUCAUCAAUCCAUCAUAUUUGUGGUCUGCCUUUGGGUUGCUUACCAGCAAACACACUGACAAAAGUUUGCACAUCAGAGUAUUUCUCAUCACUUUUUGUUUCAUAUGAAUAAAACUCUGUUUUGAAGUAUAGAACUCGUUCAACACAGAUCACUUUUCAAACUGCUGUUAAAGUGCAGCAUUUUUGGUCAACAUUUGAUUUUAUGAAGUAUCACUUGUAUAAUUCAUAACUAGAUAAAAUAUUUUUCUUACGAAUAUACAAUGAUACAAAUAAUAAUUUGGAAUAUAUACAUUUUAAACAUUUUUAAUAGAUGUUAUAUUUUUUAGAAUGUCUUUACAGGAGAUGUUAUAGGUGAAGUAGAUGUAAACAAACUCAUUUCUUUACCUAAUAAUUUAAAAACAACAUUGACUCUUCUAAAUGUACCAUAUUUUUAAUUAAUUGUACCAGUAUUUGUUAAUAAUGUAAAUAUCUUUUAUAUGUGCAUGUUAAUUUUAUUUUCUAGUUUGUAAUUUGUUCUAAAACAUUACACAAAUCUUAUUUGCUUAAAUAUGUAGGAUCUUUUUGUUGACAUUAAACAAUGUCUUAUCAAAUAUCAUCACAGUGUAUGGAGUAUCUAAAUCAGAUUCUUUGUAGACUUUUGUUCAUUAUGGCUUAUUUUUAAUGUAGACUAUUUGUAUUGAACAAUUCUUAUGUAAUCUUAUUUUCUAAAUUAUAUUACCCGGCUGUCAUUUUAAGACUUCUCUUGCUUGCUUUUUUUAAUUUUUGAAUUCAGUACAUGUAAUUGUUAAUUCUUUUUUUUUUUCUUUUUUUCUAGUCUCACUUUGAUGUGUUUCAUAAGUUUUAUUUAGAGAUAUUCCAUAUUUGAUUAUGAUCAAUGAAAUUGUGAACCUAUAGUUUUGAUACAAUUUAACUUUCUUUAAUUAUUGUUUAAAAAUCACUAUGACUCUUUUACUCUUCUUUCAAAUUUAUAUUCAUUCAUAUCUUUGACUAGUAUUUUGUUUAUUAAAGGUAAAAGUGUUUUCUAAAUUUAAUACACAGCCAGACUUAAAUUUUAGGUGUUUAUAUGGGAAUUAAUGCAAUUUGACAUCUAUUUGUAUAUAUCACUAAGAAUGGGCAUUACUUAUAAACUACUAAAUUUAGACCAUUCCAAAACACUGAAAUAUUGUUAUAUAUUUUUAUUUUACUUUCAAUUUCAUUUGAUACAAUAAUUCAAAUUUUGUGUAGUGUUGUGAUAAAAAAAAAAAAAAGGAAAUCGGGUAAAAUAGCUUUUUUUACUUUUAAAAGGGAUAAGAUUACAAUAUGAGGUUAUAUUGUCUCUGUUAUUAAAAUCUUAAUUUAUUUAAGUCUUCCGUUUUAUUAAGCAUGGGCAAAUGUGAAUAUAUUUGAUAUUCAAAAUACUUUUUUGAAAAUUACUUUUAUGAUUGAUGUGGUUCUUAUUUUACUAAUAAAAUAUUCGUCAGGGAAGCAGAUAUAUUCCUGAUCUAGAAAAAAAAACAUAAUGCGCCCACGCUUAGCUAAAAAUACCUAUAAAUGGAAGUUCCAUGAGUAUCCUAUGGGCCUGUAUGUAAAAAAAUUAUAUAGAUUUAUAUUUUUGGUAGAUGUGUGUUAUUAUUUUUUCUCUUUUUUUUUUUUUUUCAAUCCAUCAGAUUAUUUAUUUUUUAUACAUCUGUUUUUCUAUCUAUAUAUUGUUUCUAUAUAUUUAAAAAUGACAUGUAUAGAGCUUAUCAAAACUGCAUGUGAUCAGUAUAGGGUGAGCCAUAUAACAAUGUAUAAUAACAAUAUAUAUUGGUUUAGAAAUCCUUUAUUUAUUUUAAACAUAUAAUAUUUAGUUAGUGAAUGAACUGUCUAGUCUGCCAAAUAGCCAACACUGCUAAUUUUUACAUCACAUUAUUCACUGCAACUUUUUUUUAAACACAGUUCACGAUUUGAAAUAUAAUAAUGACUUAGUAGAAACAUUUAUACUCCAAUUAUUAAUGAGGAACAGAAUGUGACAUAGGCUAAUGUCAACUUUGCUGAAAUUUUUAUUCCAAAGACAUGUAGAAAUGAUGUAAUUCUGUAACUACAUGGUGUGAUCUGUUUCAUGUGUUAUAAUAAACUACUGGAAAAAAAAACUACUGUUUUAAUUUGUGAAUAAACUGUAAUUAACACAA